UAAACUGCAGAAACUCAAAACUGGUAAAGACCCUGGAAUUACCGGUACAUGGCUUCACACGCACAACUUGCAUCGUGGGACUGAUAGAGAGCAGAUAUGCAGCCAACGAAUUUCUAAACGUUGGGAAAAUUUUGAUGAUGCAAUGACACAUGCCCAUGGAGAAAACUGGGAAGAGGAGCACCCAGAAUUAGAUGCACAAAUCAUCUAUGAAGCAGCGGGUAAAAUGCCACAUGGCAGACUUGGAAUUGCCAAUGAGUUAUUUACCAAAACGGAGAAGAUCAAGAUUAAGUCUAGAAGGGUGUUCGCCUCACAGCCCGUGCGAUCAGCUAGAGAGGACCGUCUAGAAAGAGAAAACAACCGUUUGCAGCGAGAUAACAAGCGUCUUCGAGGCAUGGAGCUGGUUGUGCGGUCAUUGGCUGAAAAAGGAGGAGUGGACUAUGAUGUAAUAAUGCAAUCAGUUGCACCUGAGUUGGCCACAUCGGAUUCUGAAGUCGGAUUUGAAAGAGGAAAAAAUGUGGAUCGUCAACAUGAAUCUGAAAAGGGAAUGGGAAGUAAAACCAAAGGUAGUCCUAGUCGUGAGGAAAGUCAUGGUACUGAUGAUGAUGACAUCUAUGACAAUGAGGAUGACUAUGGUUAUGGCGAGGGUGAUGAUGAUGGCUACGGAGAUGGAUACGGUGAUGGCUACGGUGAUGGUUACGAUGAUGAUAACUAUGACGAAGAUUGAUGAUUAGUCUAUUGAUCUGAGUCAUGCAACAAAGCAAAUUUCUCUAGUAUCUCUACAGAAUGUUUAGACCAUUAUGAUUUACUUAUUACUACUUCCUUUCGCGUUGUACCUUUUCUACAUGGAUCAUAUACUUUGUGAGGUUAUUCCAAACAGAAUUCAUGUUAUUUGACCGUACUUGUCUGGUGGUUAAUCAUGAUAUC